GGGGCCGUGGUCAGUCAUGUCCGAAACCUCCCCUCCCCGGCAGCCCUCCUCCAUAUCAGUGGACCCGCAGGGAGACAGCUCCUUACAGGUGGAGAUCUCUGAUGCAGUGAGUGAGCGGGACAAGGUGAAAUUCACUGUUCAAACCAAGAGCUGCCUCCCUCACUUCGCCCGAACGGAAUUCUCAGUUGUGCGGCAGCACGAGGAGUUCAUCUGGCUCCAUGAUGCCUACGUGGAAAAUGAGGAGUACGCCGGCCUCAUUAUCCCCCCAGCCCCUCCAAGGCCAGACUUUGAGGCUUCGAGGGAAAAGCUGCAGAAGUUGGGUGAGGGGGAUAGCUCCAUCACGCGGGAAGAGUUUGCCAAAAUGAAGCAGGAGCUGGAAGCGGAGUACCUGGCAAUCUUCAAGAAGACAGUUGCAAUGCAUGAGGUCUUUCUGCAACGCCUGGCGGCCCACCCCACCCUGCGUCGAGACCACAACUUCUUUGUCUUUUUGGAAUAUGGCCAGGAUGUGAGCUGGGCCAGAGCACUGGGGUCACCCUCGGGGGCAGGGGGCACGAUGCUAGGUGGGCUCAAGCCUCUGUCUCAUCAGCUCCACAAGUGGCAUGUGCCUGGGGUGGGAAGUGCAAAUGCCCUCCCCAACAUCACACUCUCCCCAUGUGUGCUUCAGCUCAGUGUCCGAGGAAAGAACAGGAAGGAGCUCCUUGGGGGAUUUCUGAGGAAUAUUGUGAAGUCUGCAGAUGAAGCCCUCAUCACCAGCAUGUCAGGGCUCAAGGAGGUGGAUGACUUCUUUGAGCAUGAGAGGACCUUCCUGCUGGAGUACCACACCCGGAUCCGGGAUGCCUGCCUGCGGGCAGACCGUGUCAUGCAGUCCCACAAGUGCCUGGCAGAUGAUUAUAUCCCUAUCUCUGCUGCACUGAGCAGUCUGGGAACACAGGAGGUCAACCAGCUAAAGACGAGCUUCCUCAAAUUGGCAGAACUCUUUGAACGACUAAGGAAGCUGGAAGGCCGAGUGGCCUCUGACGAGGACCUCAAGCUGUCAGACAUGCUGAGAUACUACAUGCGAGACUCACAGGCGGCCAAGGACCUGCUGUACCGGCGGCUGCGGGCGCUGGCCGACUACGAGAACGCCAACAAGGCACUGGACAAGGCACGUACUAGGAACCGGGAGGUGCGGACCGCGGAGAGCAACCAGCAACUGUGCUGCCGACGCUUCGAACGCCUCUCUGACUCGGCCAGGCAGGAGCUCAUGGAUUUCAAGUCCCGCCGUGUGUCCUCCUUCCGCAAGAACCUCAUUGAGUUGGCAGAGCUGGAGCUCAAACACGCCAAGGCCAGCACCCUCCUUCUCCGGAACACCCUUGUCGCGCUCAAGGGGGAGCCUUAGAGCAGCCAGAGCCUGCUCUGGGGACUUUUAGUGGCAAGAGCCCCCCCCUUCUCACCCCGACAAGAUGUCACCCCCACAGCAGCCACUAGCCAGGCCCCAUGACCUCCCAGGGCAAGGGCAAGCCCAAGCCCUACUCCCACCCAAAGGUGUCAGGUCCUACGAAAGGAAGAUAGGGCAGCAUGAGUACCAUCCUUGGUCACAGGUAAGCAGAACCCCAACUUUGGGGAGGCCUGGGACCUGGACCUCCCUCCUCUCCUGGGGACCAAGGGGCAGCCCCCACACCUUGUCCCCCACCCCACCCCCAGAGUUCAUUUGUCCCCAUCCUGUUCACAAAUAAAGAACUUGGUUCUUG